UGUAGCGUCUACGCAAGUUACCUGCAGAGCGCGUCUCCCGUAGAAAGAAGGGAGCAGAGCGCGCUCCGGGACCCGGUUAAGUCGCAGAAGGAGCUAGAGCUCCACACCUGGUUCUUGGCGAGAGGCCUGUGAUGGUAACCUGGAUUUUACGGCGUUAAUAAGUCACGUGCUUAAAUCCAUCUUCAUUAAAGUGACAUAUUUGGGGUCAAAGGUCACGGGGCUGCAGUUUCACUUAGAGGUUAGUGACACCCGCGGUAUGCAUCACCGGAAUUGCCUGGUCCAGCUGUGAUUGUUGCGUCCCUCGGUGAUGAGAGGGGUGGCCGAGGACAUGGAUGGCUUUGAGGGGGAAGCGUCCACCGCCUCUAUGGUGUCUGGGGCUAGUAGCCCCUACCAGCCCACCACAGAGCCAGUGAUGCAGAGCUAUGGCCUGCGGGGUCUCCGCUGUGAUACUGACUACCUGCGGUCUGUCUACGGCAUCCUGAAGUGCAUCCAAGUGCCCCUGGCUCUCUUCUCUUUUAUCUGCAUUGAGACCAUUAUGGAGUGUGCGCCAUGUGAAGGCCUCUACUUCUUUGAGUUUGUCAGCUGCAGCACUUUUGUGGUAACUGGUGUCUUGCUGCUUAUGUUCAGCCUUAAUCUGCACCACAGGAUCCCUCAAAUCAACUGGGACCUAACGGAUUUGAUCAACACUGGCCUUAGCACAUUAUUUUUCUUCAUUGCUUCUAUAAUUCUGGCAUCUCUGAACCACAAAACUGGGGCGGAAAUUUCUGCAGUGGUCUUUGGCUUCCUAGCCACUAUUGCCUAUGCCGUGAACACCUUCCUGGCUUUCAGAAAGUGGAAGGAGAGCCAAGUUUCACAGAACCUUCGCCAGACCCGUGAAUACAUGAGAGCUCGCAGCGAGUCCCGUGAUGUAGAGUGUCGGCCUGAGAUUUAGCGUCUGCAAGAAGCACAGGACACUACACGAUUUAGAGACCUACUUGCAAACGUCCCACAACAAGUUGGUGUUUUUAAAUAAAGGGGAACAGAGCUUAUAAUCUUUGGAUUAUUUUCUUCAGAAAAUGGAAGGAAGACAUCAGCUGGUGGGAGGUAUUUUUUCUUCUUUAGGAACCAUCGGCCUUUGAAGAUGUUUUACCAAAAAUGUGACUGAUGCAGAAGAGACAAUAUGGGACCAAUAUUAAUAGAAUUUUGUUGUUGCUGCAGUUUUAGGAAGUGAUGUGCAAAACUGUCGCAUUAUCAAACUUCGCAAAGAUAGAUUUCUGAUUCUUUUUGUAAAUCAAGUCCCCAUGGGUGCUCCCAUUGUUGGGUAUUUAAAAGCUGCCUCCCUUUUUGUUUUUUAAAUCAAUAUUUAUAAUUGUUUUUACCUGUUCUAUAAGCAGUUUUAUGACUGUAAAUCUGACCAUAUAUUGUAGAAUUGAAUUGUGUCAUUUAGCUGCUAAAGCAGGCAGCACAUUGCAAAGCAAUGUACAUUCCCUCUGUCAUUGGAAGACUGCAUCUUGUGGACUCAGAACACAAAAAAAUAGAGAAGUUGUAAAUUUGAAAGACUGUUAGCAAGAUAUUAAGUUAUUUUUAUCCUGCCUUUUUGCACUUGUACUUUAACAUUCAAGUGUGCUUUUGAUGUCUUUAAAUGUAAUUGCAAAUCUACGUAUUCAAAUGUUUCCAGUGUUUAUAGCAAUACCUUGUAUCUAGACAUAUGCAAUAUAUACCACUAUGGACUUAUUAUUGUAUUUUAAUUUUCAGCAAUAUUUUACCCAUUUAUAAUUUGUUACCAAUUUGAAUAAUAUGCAGGAGAAACGUGGAUAAAAUCUGAACAAAUUUGCAUUGCUGUGUUUGUGCUGUUUAAAUUCCUGCAUGAAAAAAUAACCUUUUUAUUGUGUUAUACAUUGUCUACUGCUUGAACUUUAAACAUUACAACCUGUAUUUAAGCAAAUAGUAGCACUAUUUUUUGUACAUAAUUUUGUACUGUAAUUCAACCUUUGUGUUUGUUUGUUUUAUUAAGGACUAUUUGCAAGUC